AUGUCUGAACAUGGAACUCACGAGUCAUACGCCGGGUACAACGCAAUUUAUGAUUGGAAAGAGCUUGACAAUAGUUGGGCACUUAAAUUUUUGCAAGAAGCAGAAAGAUUAGAAGGCCAAGAAAAUUUCACAAACCUAAAAGAAAAGGUAGAAAUUGAACGUUCGUGCAAAUGGUUGAAGCCAUAUUGGGAUGAUGUAAUCAAGGAAUAUAGAAGGACCCAGCUAAAAAGAUUCGCAUAUAAAAUCAUUUACCAUGAAACACCUGAACAAAUUCCAGAAAAGAAUCAAAAAUUAGAUCUUUGUGGCAUUUGUAACAAAGAAUUAUUUCCGCAAUUAACAGAGCGCAUCACCAUAUUAACUUGUGGUCAUCUUUUUCACUGGCACAUUGAAGAACAUAACUUUGAUUACAAUAACAAUAAUGAUAAUCAU